AUGGCCCAGUCGUCACGCCGUUCUGCCUCCUCCCCACCACAGCCUCCAUCUGACGGCAUGUCUUCACGCCAAGAUGGUGCAGGAAAAUCCAUUGCUACACAAGAUAUGCCGGUGCAUCAGCCGCUUAAUCCUUCAAUCUUGCCUCCCCAAGGGCCACCGCCGGAGCACUCACCUGCACCGUUUCCUUCGCGACCAGAGGUGUUGGUGACACCCAAGCCAGAGGAGACUCAACCAAAUGCAAGCCGGUAUCCUGAGCCUCCAGAUGUACCGCAAGGAUACUAUACAUCGCCAUACACCCCCUCGGCUGGACAACCUAUGGUAGGCGCCGGAGCGCAGCCUGCAAGAGGGGACCGCUCGUCAGUGAGCUCGAGGGACCGCGGCCGAGGCAGUCUAUCAUCAAGUGCUACCUCUCAAAGACCCAUCGCACCCACGCCAGCCCGCAACGGAAGACCUGUACAAGCCAUUGCUCCUGCACCGUCACACGAGGUUCAGUCUCACACUCUACCGUCAGGGAAUGAUCAAUCAUCUCACCAUACGCCGUAUUCAUUCCAACAAGUGCAAGCGCCAAAUAACGUACACACACAGGCCUACCAGCAGUCUAGAAGUGGAAUGCCUCAUGGGGCAGCUCCUGGGCAGUUUGCAAAUAGCAAUGCUACCGCUUCUGGACAGCUCAUUGCGCAAAAUAUCGGCGCAGCACCAUUUCAUGCAUCGAACCACGAAUCGUUCGUCACGAGCCAACAGCACUCUGCUCAGCCUUACCCAAGUGGUACAGGCCCAAACAUGGCACCUCAGUCGCCUGCCUUCCAGCAAGUGAACCAAGCUAGCUACCCCACAACAUCUAUUGGGGCACAGCAGCCAUACACAACAUAUUCGGGCUUGCACCAACAAAAUGGACCGACGCAGUUCGGUGAGCCACAGUCACAAGGUGCUCCACGACCUGUUGCUACCACAGGACCACAAGGAGUUCAGCCUGGUCAAGCAAUUCAGCAAACAUCCCAAGGGAUGCACCAGGCUCAGAGUUUUGCGGACAAUGGUGGCAUGCAAGAUGAAGACCAGCUCAUGGAAGAUGAUGCCGAUGACCUGGGUGACGACUUGCUUUUGACCAUGCAAAAUAGUGCCUCUACCCUGAAAGGAUCCAUGCAAAGUCUUAAGAGUUUGACUGGCGUAGCUAGCGACAAGAACUUGUUUGCCGAAUUUAGUGACAAGCAGCCAAGCCAGAGAAAAAUCAUCAAAAGGGGACCUAGAAAGCCUGCAGAACCGACUGCGGACGUCAAGAUGCGUUUGAGUGCUGCAACAAGCGCAUUCAUGAGUGGUGAUCUGGACGAAGCCCUACGUCAGGUAAACGACGCCAUUAGGCUCAAUGGCGAAAUCCACCGUUCUUGGGACCUGUUGGCCGAAAUUCUCCGAGAGCGUGGGGAGAACAAGCCGAGUCUAUUGGCCUCGGUGUGCUCAGCUCACUUACAACCCAAGAUAUUUGAAGUCUGGCUGAACUGCGGUCGAUUCGCUUUGGACCUUCUUGAGGAAGAACCGGAGGAUUCAGAGGAUACGCUGAAGAUUGCGAUCAUGACCCUCUCCCAAGCCAUCAAGAUCCAACCUGACAAUAUCGGUGUUCGUCAACUCCGUGCUGCGCUUUACUUAACCCGAGAGAGCUUUAAGCUGGCAACCAGCGAAUACAAAUGGAUAGUGGAGCGCUCACCAGACAACGUGGUUGCCCUGAGAGGUCUGGCCGACGCCUCGGUGCAGUUAUAUGAGAACCAGAGGAGAGUUGCCAAAGGACAACGAGAAAUAGCAAGGGACGCGUAUCUUCUUUGCAUUGAGCAUGUCCAGGCGGAGUAUCCUACCGGCGCUUCUCUUACUGACAUUCCUAAUCCUUUCACCUGGGAUGAUGCUUGUACCUAUAUUGCUCUACUCCUACACCUCGAGCAGUUUGAAGACGCCCUCAAGCAGGCACGAUCCCUGUCAAGAUGGCUUUUGGGCCGCCAGAAAGAAGAUUUCUGGGACAACUUAUCGGACGACCGUGAAUGGGAUAUUGGGGAUGAGCGGCGGAAAGAGAUUCCCGAGUAUAAGGCUGACGAGCAUCCGGCAGCUUGUUACGGUCAGGGGCUUCCUCUUCGCUUGAGGGUUAAUUUGGCGAUAUGCCGUCUUCGUUUAGAUCGUGCUCAAGAUGAUGAGGCUAUGCAACACCUUGAGUUCCUUGAUCCUGCGGAAGUAUCGGAGACGGAAGAUGGAGCGGAGCAAUCCGAGUUGUUCUUGGAAGUUGCUUCAGCUCUAUACGAAACGAAGCGGCUUACGAAGGCGUUGCCCUUCUUCGAACCGCUCAGACGGCAGGAUGACUUCCUUGAUGCUACGAACCUCUACCGAGCAGGUAAAUGCUACCUAGAGGUCGGAGACAAAAGACAAGCCGAGGAGUGCUUCACUGCGGCUUUGGACUUUGAAGAGACACCCACCGAUACUCGCGUCAAUGCGCGUUAUGAACUGGCGAAAAUGUACGAAGCUGCCAGGAAGAAUCAAGAGGCCUUAGAGUUGCUUGAAGAAGCCAUGGGUAUCGAAAAGGAACGCGACGAAGAGGUUGCAGGUACGAGCGGCCAGCAGAAUGGGGACGACCGGCGGCCAGGCAAACCACGUAUCAUUCGGAAGAUCGCGCCAAAACCGAAGCUCGACAAGAAGCCCCGAGAACCGAAGGAGAGAAAAUCGACAGGCCCUCGGAAGCCCCGUGAUCCCAAUAAGAAACCAAGGGAAAAGAUAUAUCGCCAAAGACCCUUGCUGUUCGCAUUGGAUGAGGAUCGGCGUCUCGAAGAAGAACGCAAGUCCGCAUAUCUGGCUGAGCAGUGGAGCUUCAUCCGCGAGGCCCAAGAUGAUGCUGAAGAUGGGCCCAGCGAGGCUUGGAUGGAGGCUGCGAAGGCGUUGAUUGAUGACUUCCGUUCAUUCAAGGCGUUCUACCCGUGGGAUCGGUACCUUACCCAGAUGGGAUUGAAGAAGGACGAGUCUGAGUCCGCCACGGCGAACCCGCAUCUUUUGAAAAUGGCUCAACGAUUGAGAGACGAAGUGGAUGCACAACAGUCGUCGAUCAACUCCCGCAAACUGCUCGAGACUACUGUGAGCUAUAGAAAUGUUGAUUUCUCAGAGUGGCUGCAUCUGUUCCUGGAGUAUGCGCUAAGCCUUGCGCAUACUGGUCAUUUCAAGGAUGCGUACAAUAUAUGCGAGGCUGCCAUGGGAGCUAAUGUCUUCUUUGAGAACCCGGAAGACAAGUUCCUGAUCAACAUCACAAUGGCAGCUUGCGCUGUUCGUGGUAUGGACGAAGAGCGAUGCGUAGAAGUGGCACGUGGUUUUAUGGCCACUUAUGCAUUCUCGUCUGAUGCUUUUCGCAUGUAUGCUGCCCUCAGCAGACUGUGCGACACAACAGCAACCUGGUACGCAGAUUCUCGAGUACAGAAGUUCACCUUGCGACAGAUCAAGAUGAUGGACUCUGCAUUGAUUCCAGCCGACGACCGAGUGAAGGGUACAUUGGAUGGAUUCGACCCCAAGGUGUACCCCGGCAAGGAGAUGGACGUGCAACUGCUCAUGCUCUACGGUCACAUACUCUUCAUCUCAAACAGCUUUACGUUUGCGCUCAACUAUUUCAUACGUGCGUACGCGUUAGACCCAGACAAUCUGAUGAUCAACAUCAGCAUUGGCCAAGCGUACCUGCACUAUGCGCUCAAACGUCAGUCGGAGAAUAGGCAGCAAGCUAUCUCCCAAGGCUUCACCUUCCUGCAUCGCUACUACGACGCCAAGCUCGCCACCGCCAUGACCGCUGAGCAGAGACAGGAGGCCCACUACAACCUGGCCCGCAGCUACCACGCCGUCGGACUGACGCAUCUGGCGGCCGAAUAUUACCGACGCGUCUUCCUGGAGAUCGAGGGCGACGAGAUAGGCGAAGAAGACCUCGCGCGCGAGGCUGCGUACAACCUGCAGCAGUGCUGCUUGAUUGGCGGGGACAUCGAGGCCAUGAGGGAUAUCGCCGACAGAUGGCUUGUUUUGUAA